GGAUUUGGCUCCGAGGAGAAGGUACUCUAUAAACUAUAUAAUUCGUUUCAUCACGUACUUCACAAGAGAAGCUCUGUUGAUAAAGCAAAUCCACUUACCUCAACUCCAUUGUUUCUCCCACUCCUUAUCUUGCAUUAUUCUUCAACCCCACUUCCCUCGACCGAGAAUUAGAAAUAGCCCUCCCUAACCUACCCUUCUCGGGGAUGUUCACACGCGAAAGCCUUCCAGCUGCACGACAAUUUGCAGAGAACGCAAGCACCGUUGAUUCGAUAUUAGUUAUCUCUCCGUCCAUCACCCACGAGGAAACGAACAAUAUGGGGCCUCGCGGGGACAUUCCAAUUUCUAUCCUCCAAUCAUCCACUAGCAAAGACAACAGCAAAAGGCCAUGCACCAUCUACCUACACUCAGGAGGCAUGAUCAAGGGCAACCGUUUUCACGGGAGCGACUAUUCCCGCCACAUGGGUGCCCGAUUUUGAUGCAGUCUGUGCGCUAGUAGAGUACCGACUAGCACUGUAAAACCCCGCCCCGGCCGGAGUGGAAGACUGCUACGCAGCUCUGAAAUGGACCAGCCUAAAUGCAGACUUGCUGAGCAUUGAUCCCAGCCGCAUAAUCACCGUCGGUUCAUCAGCAGGGCGGCGGUCUCACAGCCGGGACAUCCCUCCUCGCACGAGACCGCGGUGGUCCUGGCGUUCACGCUCAGAUGCUGCUCGCGCCCAUGUUGGAUGAUCGUUACGGGACGGUGUCGGCGACGCAGUACGGUGACCAGCUACCAUGGACGCGUGGGGUUGGCGAAAUGGCUUGGGAGUGUACUCCUGGAAGAAAAGAAGUGAGAGAUGAGAGUGUUGGCAUCUACGCUGUACCUGGGCGUACUGAGGAUCUGUCCAAUUUGCCCCAAGCUUAUAUUGAUGUUGGCUCGGCUGAGGUAUUUGGGGAUAAGAGCAUUGCAUAUGCAUCGGGUCUUCUCGCUUCUGGGUGCCUGUUUGGAUUGCAUGUUUGGCCUAGUGCUUUUCAUGGAUCGGAUUUAGGGGUUCCUGAAGCUGCUAUUUUGAAAGCUGGUGCUAAGGCGAGGGACGAUUGGAUCGCUCGUAUGAUGAAAUAAUAACUUGAAUUGAGCGAUAGAUUCCAUCAAUACGUAUUACUAGAGACGCUUGACAGUGAAUAUCUCACACCCUGGUGUUCUAUCCUACCCGAGAUCAUAAUUAUGACCGGACCGAGCCAAAGUAACGGCUGGACUAUGACACAAAGAACGAAGUACUAGCAUCAGCUGUUUGCCUGGGUGACUUGCCGUAUAGCCUAACAGUUGAAGCCUAGAAUAGUUGGGAGUAUAAUGCAAUGAUUGGAGAAGAGAAGAGAUGAAUCGACCAUUGUAGUACGUCGGUUAAGUACCGAUUGAGUAGAGGAAUAGAGUAGCGAGGGUCAGCAGUUUCGAUAAUAACAAUAAGGUAUCCGUCAAGAUAGUAGUAAGCAGGAGAGAAG